UUUUUCCACGUUUUUUCAAAUGACUUUCCAUCAAUUUAUUUUUAUUUGGGCUAAAACGUUUUAUUUUGGCCAAGUGGCGCCAACCGUGCGUUGGUAGCCGUGGUUCCAAGUCAUCUUCCACUAGUGUCACCGCCGAUCAAAAAUUUUUGUUUAAAACCCAAAUGGUUGCUUUUAGCGCCGCUUCCGCUGAGUCAGUUCGCCGAAAACUGCGUUUUUUACAAUAUUUGACCUGACUCGGGUCUUGCGCACCGUUAUUGUGGAAAAAAAGUGUGACAUAACCUCGCUUAACUAUGUUAGCUUUUUCUUCCACUGCAUAUAAUUAAGUACAGUGAUGAAGAAAUUGAGUGGUUCGUUCCGCUACACGCAGUGGGACCCUUGGCUGCUGAUCGCCCAGAUAAUCUCAGUGCAGUGCAUCAUUUACGUGUCUUUGGGGCUUAUUUUGACGGUUUUGGGGGUUAUUGUGGGGGAUACGCGCUCACUGGACCACAUUUUUGAAUAUCAUGAGAUUCAGGUGCGUGAUUUCGGGGGGCGCAUGGUGAUCGCCGCUUUCGUGCUGAACGCGUUCGUUGGGGCUGUGACCCUGUGGUACGUCGUGGAGCGCACGAAACAGUGCAUGGACUUCAGUUGUACUUGGCAUUUUUUCCACUUGUUGAUUUGUUGGUGGUACAAUGGAAACUUCCCGACGACUUUCUCUUGGUGGGCGUUGAACGUGGCCUGCGCCACCUUGAUGUGCGUCUGUGCGGAAUUUCUGUGCCUAAGAACUGAGCUGAAAGCGAUUCCUCUGUCUCUUGGUCCGAAAACUGACUUGUAAUAUUCGUAACUGUGAUAUUUUUCGUAAUAAUAGGGUGCCAAGUGUAAAAUUAAAAUAACGAGUUUAAAAAAAUUAUUUAUUCAGAUCUACAUUCAGCCACCUAUAACUGUAAAAAUCAACACAAAUAAAUUUCGUAACAAUCUAA